UCUGGCUCUGGGUCUCUGUGUGGCUGCUGCUUCUCUUCAAAACCGGUCGGCAAGUCGUCAGUUGCAUUCAGUUAUUAACGAGCGCUACUCACAGCUACAGCAACAGCAGCAGCCAGCAGCCAGAAGUCACUUCACUCAACGCACACACGAACACACACACAUACAGUGUAAGAGAGAUAGCGAAAGAGAGUGGGAGUGAGAGUGAGAUAGCAAGUUGAGUAUCAACUCGUCUACCGAUUUUCACUAGUUUGAGUCGGAGAGAGUUCAACCUCAAGCCAAUUCAGUUCAUGUCGAGACGUUGAAGUAGAAAGAACGUCGUUUGAGUUGCUCUGUAAAAAAAAAAGGGAAACAAAUUCAAACGACAACGUGAAAGAAAAAGUGACGUAAAAAUAUAUAUACCAAAAAUAUAGUGAAAAGUGCAUUUUGACGAGAAAAUUUGUAAGCAAACACAACUAAGGAAUAAUGUCUUCCACAUCGGCCUCACCCAUCAGCAACAUAACAGUGGAUGACGAACUUAAUUUGAGCAGAGAACAAGAUUUUGCCGAAGACGAUUUCAUUGUGAUUAAAGAAGAACGCGAGGGCAGCUUAUCGCCAAUGUUAACACCGCCGCAUACACCCACAGAGGAGCCGCCUCAAAGGCGUUUGCCUGUCGAGGUAGAAUCAAAUGGUUAUCCCAUGCGACACAUGCACUACCAGCAGCAGCAACAACAGCAGCAACAGCAACAACAACAGCAGCAACAUCGCCUCUGGCUUCAAAUGCAUCCACAACAUGCAGCCAAUCCCCAGCAUUAUCCAGUCUAUGCAGCCAGUCAAGCCAAUCAAGCGGAUCAUGUGGCCAUGCAACAGCAUAUAAUGAAUCAAUGGAUACGCAAUGCAGCCCUCUAUCAUCAGCAACAGCAACAGCAGCAGCAGCAACAUCCCGGUCAUCAUAUGCCCCAUCAUAUGCCUCAUCAUCAUGCGCAUCAUCCUCAUCAUCAUCAUCAUUCGGGACGUCCUUAUGCCGGUCCUACUGGACUGCAUAGUCUGCAUGUUGCCGCCAUGGCUGCCGGUCGCCACUUUGCCUCGCUGCCCCGCGGCGGAGCUGGUGGUGCAGCCGGUGGAGGAGCAAGUGGUGCAACGGGAAGCGGCAGCUCUCGCCCAAAGAAGCAAUUCAUUUGCAAAUAUUGCAAUCGCCAGUUUACCAAAUCCUACAAUCUACUCAUCCACGAGAGAACCCACACCGACGAGCGCCCCUAUUCCUGUGACAUUUGCGGCAAGGCCUUCAGGAGGCAAGAUCAUUUGCGGGAUCACCGUUACAUUCACUCCAAGGAUAAGCCCUUCAAGUGCAGCGAUUGCGGCAAAGGCUUCUGCCAGUCGCGCACUUUGGCCGUCCAUAAGGUCACCCAUUUGGAGGAGGGACCACACAAGUGUCCCAUUUGCCAGCGUAGUUUCAAUCAGCGAGCCAACCUCAAGAGUCAUCUGCAGAGCCACAGCGAGCAGGCCAGCUCCAAGGAGAACCAGGCGAAUCAUCAUACCUCAGCGGCAACGGGAACUCAACCCUUGACAUCGAAUCAAGGGGAACAGUUGCAAAUGCCGCAUUCUCAUCCUCAUCAUCAGCCAGUUCUAGAUCUUUCCUCCUCCUCCGCCGCCACAUCUGUCUCUGCCUCAUCUACGCCUGCAACCGAGAAACCCAAACGUCAGGGUUUCACCAUAGAUGAGAUCAUGAGCAGAUAAAGCAAUCCAGAUGUAGACAUAACAACUUCUUGGUUUAUGUUUUCGUUCGGAACUAAAGUUCUAGAACUUGUCUGGAUACCGCCGCCAGGCAUGGGUAAUGCCUGGCCAGGAUUUGACGCUCUCAAGCUUGUCCAGGUCCAGCUCCAGCUCCGGCUGUCCAGCUCUCGCUCUGCGCACCCAGUGAUGAAGUCAUUAGAAGCUAGUGCUAAACAAAAGGUCGUCGUCCAAUUUAAGUGUCGUCGCCCUUUGUCGCAAAAUGCCAAAGCAACAAAGUAUUGCAACAAAUUGAAACCAAUCAACAACUAAUUGAACAUGUAUCAAAUGUAACUGUAACCAUAUAUAGUUUAAUUAUAUAUAUAUUAUAUAGCUUAUGUUGUACCUUAUAGCCUUAAAUAGUUCACUUUGUUUUCUGUAAUAAUAGUUAAAAAACGAAAUACCACAAACCUCAACCGAAACAUAUUAAACAACCCUCGCUCUUGGUUAUUACAUCAAA